UCAGUUCGUGCAUAAAGUUUAAUCGCGCCUGAUCUCAUCUGUUAACAAGGAUGCCAAUCGCAGAAGCUUUCAAUACGUGGGUUUAGGUAGCCAUCAUGGUCGACCAUCUACUGCUGAAGAAUGAGAAAUAGAGAUGGUGGGGCGAUACGUAUAAAAGGCGAAACCGAAGCUUCUCAAAGAUGUAUCGCAGGACAGGUGUAUUUUUACUUUUCCUCAGUAUUCUAUGUGGGCACGCGAUAGCACAAUCGAACUUCGAUGUUUUAAUCUUUACUCAACAUUGGCCACAAACUGUUUGCUAUUUGUGGAAAGAGAGUUCAGCGUCGCAUACUUGCUCCUUACCCAGUGAUAACGACGAGUGGACGAUCCAUGGUCUUUGGCCAUCCGAGUACCAUAAACUGGGUCCACAGUUCUGUAACCGUUCUUUACCGUUUAAUGAGACUGCUCUGAAACCACUGUGGAGUCAGCUACAAGAGAAAUGGAUAGACGUAGAAUAUGGAAGAGAAUCUUCUUCUCUUUGGAAACACGAAUGGGAAAAACAUGGUACUUGUUCGACAAUGCUGGAAAACGUGAAUACAGAAGUGAAGUAUUUUAAAAAAGGUCUCGAUCUGUUAUCGCAAUACGACAUGAAAAACGUGUUGGCCAAAGCACAAAUUUUACCUGGAAACUCGUACGCAAUGACUGAUAUUUUCAACGCGAUUCAACGAAUAUUAGGCAAACGGGGUACAGUAAUUUGUCAGAAAGACAAGAAAACGAAGAAUUCGUAUAUAUUUGAAAUUCGAAUUUGUUUUAAUAAAAACUUCGAAUUGAUCGAUUGCGACGGUGUUUACGGAUACCCCACGAACUGUGAUCGUUCUACAAACGUGAUAUAUCCAGGCGAAGUACCACACAAUUAUCACGUAGUAAGAGUGUAAUCAGAGAAAAUUGUCCAUAAACAAAGAGUAAUGAAUAUUUUGAUAAAUAUUAUAAAUUAACACAUACCGUGACGUAUACUUCUGAUCCUUGAAUAGGUAAAAAAUUUGGAGUAAAUUUUCCAUUAUUUUCAAA